UUCGAAUCUCGAACUUCAGUGCCACAAUAGUGGAUAUCACAUUUAGUAGUUUGUUCCAAAGCAAAGACAAAAAGAAAUCAUUUUAAUCAAGAAAAGGAAUACAUUGUUUACUUAGUCAAGUGAAAGACACCAAAACAAGUGAAAAUCUGAGACAAAAACAAAGUUAACCAAGGAAAACGCACUAGUUCAAGUUCACCUAUAAAGCUAUUGAGCUGAUAAGAUGAGUGGACGCGACAACAGAGGAGCCGGUGGCGGCGGAGGCGGCGGUCAUCAACCGCUGAGCAGCGCCAUGGGCAAGCUCAAGGAAAAACUAACACGAGUAGGUGACGAGCUGGGCUAUCAUCGCGUGGAAAGCAAUCUUUCGACAUCGAAUACAGCAACCAGUUUGGACACAAUACUCCCGGAGGAUCCGUUUCUAUUCCCACAAGUGUCACCGCAAAGGCAUCCACAGACCGUGAGGACACAGCGUUUGCUGGAGGACGAACCACCGCUAUCGUUUCGGCCAUUAUUGGAGGACGACGACAUCAACGAACCACCCACCCAGCAACAGCAACAUAGGACACCACUGCGUGCCAGUGGUAGUUUGGAAUUAACACCUUUGCCACCACCGCCCACAUCUUUGGAGAUUCGUGAGCAUCGCGAUCGCCAGCAAAGAGGUGGCCAGGGUACUGAGGAACUGCAGCGCAGCAAGCAAAGCUUGAAGGGAUCACGUGUGUCCUUCGAGCGCAGGGAUACUGGUAACAGCAAUAAUAAUACCAGCAAUACCAAAGCGGCCGAGAGCAGUGACGAGGAUAGUUUCGAGGAGAAACGAUCUGGUUUCCAGCAACAGAAGGCAACCAGUGUCGAUCAUAAGGGUAUUUUGAAGGACCUGAAGCACAUUUUGGCCAACGACAAUCGUCGCCAGUUUCAGGCCAAGAAGCACGUCUCCUUGGACGUCAAGGGCACACGAUUUCUUCAGGAUCUACUAAAGGAAUCAUCUUCGGAAGAGGAAUUCCAUAAGACACGACGCGAGUUCCAGGGACGCAAACAUCAGAGUUUGGAUCCACGUGUCACCUUCAAGCUUGACAAAGUUCUCCAGGGCUCGAGUACUGACAGUGAUGAGGAAGGCGAAGACGCCGAACACAAACGCCUGAUCCAUCGCCCCAAGGACAUUACCAAGCCGGUGAUCAUCGAUCUCAAAGAUCUGGAGAGCGAAAGUGACGAGGACUUCCUAACAUCGCGUCAGCACUUCCAGCAGCAGCGUUCCAUCAGCACAGAUUCCCGCAAGAGCCGGCGACUUUACGAGAUGGACGAGAUGGGUAACAAACGUGGCGAGAACAUCCGUCAUGCGGUGCCCUUCGUGCGCCAGAUAACCGAGGAUGGCAAGCCCAAGCUGGAGGUCUAUCGUCCCACAACGAAUCCCAUCUUUAUAUGGACACAGGUCCUGGCUGCCUUGAGCGUCUCGUUGGGCUCUCUGGUGGUCGGUUUUGUCAGUGCUUAUACUUCCCCUGCUCUUGUGUCGAUGACCGACAGGAAUAUCACCUCGUUUGAGGUCACCGAAGAUGCUAGUUCCUGGGUUGGUGGCAUUAUGCCUCUGGCUGGAUUGGCUGGUGGCAUUGCCGGUGGUCCAUUAAUUGAAUGUCUGGGCAGGCGUAACACGAUCCUGGCCACGGCGGUACCAUUCAUUUUCUCAUCGCUGCUAAUUGCUUGUGCGGUCAAUGUGGCAAUGGUUUUGUGUGGACGAUUCUUGGCUGGAUUCUGUGUGGGCAUUGCCUCCUUAUCCCUGCCCGUGUAUCUGGGUGAAACUGUGCAGCCAGAGGUGCGUGGCACUUUGGGUCUGCUGCCCACGGCUUUUGGUAACAUUGGAAUCCUACUAUGCUUCGUCGCUGGCACGUAUAUGGACUGGUCAAUGCUGGCCUUUUUGGGAGCAGCUCUACCGGUUCCCUUCCUCAUACUGAUGUUCAUGAUCCCGGAAACGCCACGCUGGUUUGUGAGCCGUGGACGGGAGGAGCGUGCCAGGAAGGCGUUGUCAUGGCUGCGUGGCAAGGAGGCCGAUGUGGAGCCGGAACUGAAGGGUUUGAUGCGUUCCCAGGCCGAUGCCGAACGUCAGGCUAUACAGAAUCCAAUGAUGGAGCUGUUGAAACGCAACAAUUUGAAGCCUCUGUCGAUAUCUUUGGGUUUGAUGUUCUUCCAGCAGUUGAGCGGUAUCAAUGCGGUCAUCUUCUACACGGUACAGAUCUUUCAGGAUGCUGGAUCCACCAUCGAUGGCAAUAUCUGCACGAUUAUUGUCGGUAUAGUUAACUUUUUGGCCACAUUUAUCGGCAUCGUUUUGAUUGAUCGGGCAGGUAGAAAGAUUCUUUUGUAUGUUUCCAACAUUGCCAUGAUCUUGACUUUGUUCGUGCUGGGCGGUUUCUUUUACUGCAAGACCUAUGGUCCCGAUGUAACCCAUUUGGGAUGGUUACCAUUGACCUGUUUCGUCAUUUACAUCCUGGGCUUCUCUCUGGGUUUCGGACCCAUUCCCUGGCUAAUGAUGGGCGAGAUUCUACCGGCCAAGAUUCGCGGCUCGGCUGCCUCAGUGGCCACGGCCUUCAACUGGUCCUGCACAUUUUUGGUGACCAAGACCUUCAAGGACCUCAUGGCUGUUAUGGGAGCCCAUGGAGCCUUCUGGCUAUUCGGUGCCAUUUGCUUUGUUGGCCUGUUCUUUGUGAUAUUCUAUGUGCCCGAGACGCAGGGCAAGACGCUGGAGGACAUUGAGCGUAAAAUGAUGGGCCGUGUGCGGCGCAUGUCCUCGGUGGCCAAUAUUAAGCCAUUGUCCUUCAACAUGUAAACGACGUGUUGCCAAAAAGGAUUUGAAUAUGCGAUCAAACCAAAUACUAGACUAGUGCCUUUAGUGCUUAAGAAACCUUUGUAUGUGUGUGCAUGUAUGUAACAACGCAGUGGAGUGGAUCCUGGUGGACACCAUCCAUCCAACCAUCCAGGCGCUCUGAUAUUGUUAGUCCUAGCUAACUUGUAAUGCUUAGCAAAAAGAAUUUCCUUUCUACACGCAUAAUUGUUAUUAUUAUUAUUUAUAAUCAUUAAGUGCAUAGUUUUAUUAUGUAAAUUAUGAUUUUUAGCACUAAUUUGUUGACAUUUUGAUGAAUGUUGCGUGAAUUUAUCGGUGUACAAACAAAAUGACAUGAUUCGUAGUUAGUUUUAGUCCCAACAAACAAUACCCUAAAGACACCAAAAUCUCCCUGAAAAAAAUACACCAAUUGGCUAUAUAUCGAAUAUAUAUAUAUAUUAUACUAUACAUAAGCUGUAAGUGUAUCUAUAUGUAGACUAAUUUAAAAAAAAAUACAAAUCAAACCAAAUCCAA